AUGAUUGAAUUCUUUAAACAAAGAACAAAAUAUCAUAUAGAGUUGGUGACAAGGAAUAUGAUGUUGAUGCAAGGUUACGGUGGAUUGAGCGUUGAAGAGUUGAAAAAUAGAGCAAUCAUUCACGAUCAAUCAAAAUAUGAAGAACCUGAACUAUCUGGAUACAUACAGUUGACUUGGUUUCAUCGUUGCAAGAAUCUAAACAUUCCAUUUCAAUAUGCAAACAAAUCGAUUGAAACGAUGGUAAGGGAUGCAUGUCAUCAUCAUCUACAUUCAAAUAGACAUCAUCCAGAAUCUCAUAAUCAUCCAAAUGAAAUGAAUGUGUUGGAUAUAGUUGAGAUGGUGUCAGAUUGGUCAGCUAUUAGUCAAGAAUUAAAUCAAGGUUCUUGUAUUACCUAUGUCAAAGAAAAUCAUUCAAAAUGGUCAUUCAACAAUGAAAAACUUGAUUUUAUCUUUGAAACUAUUAAAGAGUUUGAUAAAAGAUUGUCGAGACUUUAG